AGAAAACGGUCUCUAUGAGGCUGAACAGCAUCACAGCAAAAACCCCAAUGCAAUAAAUCACUUGGAGGAACAGAGAGCACAGUAUGUCGGCAUCAGGAGGGAGGCAAAGUCCAGACACAAGAAGAAGAGGACAGGCAGCAGAAAGUUGACCACAUAAAAUGCAGACUUUCUCUUCAUGGUUAUCUGUAAAGAGGUGCUGAUCACAAACUUAUCAUCUCUGUACUCCACCCAGCCUUCAUGAUGAAUGGUGACAAGGGGGCUCGGCACGUUUUUAUCCUUUUCAGUCCUGUAAGAAAAUAAAAAGUACAGGCAGGGCAGUGACACAAAAGCAACAAGAAACAUUUUCACUCAGUCAACAGAGAAACUCAACAGCCUCACAAACAUGAUUCUGGAAGGAUUCUUUACUCUGUUUCUCCUUGCAGGUGGAAAUACCUCUGAUCCAGACUUUGAUGAACCCUUGCUGUUAAUGCCUGCAAGUAUAGAUAUAAAUUUAAUGGAGAACCCAAGCAUAGAAAAUAUGAAGCUGGUCUUUGAGCAAAUUCGAGAACAUGAGGUUCAUUCUCGAGAAGAAUGCAGCACUCAGGCUGUUCUGAACCACCUGAAUCUGACCCAGGACAGUGACAAGUACACUGUGGGUCGGCCCGUUAAACACCAAAGUCAUUUGACGUGGGUACUUCUAGACAUGAGGAUUUAUGCUAUUCUAGAUGUGAGAGAAAGUGACCAGACUUUCAUUGCAUAUAUUUGGAUUUACUUGAGAUGGGACAAUGAGCACAUCUGGUGGGACCCGGAGCAAUUCUGUGGAACCACACAUAUCUUAGUCCCCACUAAAUAUUUGUGGAUGCCAGAUAUGACUAUUGAGGAGAUGACAGAGCAGGACAAAGCCUCUCCAAGUCCUAAUCUCAACAUCAGGAACUACGGCUGGGUUGAAUUCAGAAAUGACCAGGUGGUGAUCAGCACAUGCAAGAUGCGUGUUUACAAAUUCCCAUUCGACGUUCAGAGCUGCAACCUCUCCUUCAAGUCCAUUAUGCACUCAGAUGAAGAGAUAAAGUUAUUUUACUACAAGAACAAUUCGGAGAUCUCAGAGUGGUCUCGAAAAGCUAUGGAGUCGCAGUAUGAGUGGCUGUUUCUCAGCAUGACAGUCACAAGGAAAACCGUCAACCAUUUUGGCUUCAAUCAAACAAUGAUUGUUUACACAAUAAACAUGAAGCGGAGGUCUGCUCUCUACAUUGCAAACUUCUUGGUGCCUGUCCUUUUCUUCCUGUGUCUGGACUUCGCCUCCCUCCUGAUGUCAGACACCGGUGGUGAGAAGAUUGGCUUCAAAAUCACCAUUCUGCUUGCCGUCACAGUGAUGCAGCUCAUUCUCAAUGACAUUCUUCCAUCUUCUUCGGAUAAGAUUCCCUUAAUAGCGGUUUAUUGCAUUGGGACUUUUGCUCUAAUGCUGCUCAGCCUGUUGGAAACUAUUUUGGUGAUUCAUCUAAUUAAUAGAGAUGCGUGGCUGGACAAUGAACAGGAAAAGUCAGGAGACCCAAUUGAAGAUCAGGAGGAGAAACUGACCAACUCACACACAUGUUUUACUGGAAUUAAGAAUCGUAGCAACUGUGCAUCUGUUGACAAACACUCAGCUGAUGGAAGGCUUUCUAUUGUAAAAGAGGGCAUCAAGGGCGUUGAUACAGAAGUCUUCAUUGCACUCGAAAAGAUGUCAGAUGAGCUUGGAGCAGUCAAGAAAUCAAUAACUCUUCUCAGUGGCAGACAGGAAGAGGAUAAAGUGGGUUAUUGGACCAGAACUGCACAGAAAAUAAACAAGGCUUUUACAGUUUUUUAUGUCAUUGCAGCUGUCCUGUUUUUACUGUAUGUCUCUAUAGUGUGGUAUUCUGCAGAUGAGUAGUGAUUAAAUAAACAAACUGUUACUUUUUAUUCAUUUUGAACAUUGGCGUUUUUAACGUUUGCGCAUUUUAUUGAUUUCAAGAAGUGUUUGUGUGUUGUCUGAUCAUUUAUUUUUUUUCCUCACUGCACAGUUUUGCAUUGCUAAAGCCAGUGAUUUGUGCAACAGUGUUAUUAAAAGUAAACAUGGUUAUACCUGUAAAGUGAAUCAGUAUGUGCUAUUCACAAUAAUCCAAGCAAAAAGACUUGCAGUAUGAAUUAUUGAAUUGUGUGGUUAUAUGUGAAGCGUUACUAUGUGCAUUUUUUUUAAUAGUUACAGAAAGUGUUUAAGAAACUGAUGGGACCUUCUGAAGUCACAAACAUUAUUUUAUGAUCUUACAUGUUGUGCUACGAGAUAAACAUCCAAUUCAUCUGUCUGUAAAUUAAAAUCUUCAUGGUUUAUCCAGAGCAUUUAAGCCUGUUCCUAAAUCUGUUACAUAUUGUGCUA